GGAGAAAGGCUGGCGCUGAUUGGAGGAGUUUACAAUCCUCUCUCCGGCCGUGGUGAGUAUUUAUUCAGGGUCCAGGGCGUGAUUAUUGUAACUUCUUAUCAGACUCAUUGAUAACCCCACUGUUGAUGAUGAGGCAGCGAAGCCUGCUGGGGUUGCUGGCCCUUUGUGCCUCCGUGGCAUUCUGCAAACCCACCUCGGAGAAGAAGGAGCGCGUGCACCAUUCCAAGGACCUGGAUGAGCGGGAUCCAAACGACCAGAACGGCUUCCAGUUCGAUCAUGAGGCCUUCAUGGGGAGAGAAGGCUCAAAGACCUUCGACCAACUCACUCCGGAGGAGAGCAAAGAGAGGCUGGGGAAAAUUGUGGACCGCAUUGACCAUGACCAGGAUGGCCUGGUGACUGCGGACGAGCUGACCGCGUGGAUCAAGCGGGCACAGAACCGGUACGUCGACGACAAUGUCAAGAAGCAUUGGAAAGAAUACGACGCCAAUCGGGACGGACAAAUAUCGUGGGAGGAGUACAGGAACGCCACGUACGGGUUCCACGUGGAUGAGUCGUUCAGCGACGUGAGCAAUGAUGAGGACAAGGCCAGCUACAGGAAGAUGCUGAAACGGGAUGUGCGGAGGUUCGAGACGGCAGACAAGGAUGGGGACAAGAUGGCCACACGGGAGGAGUUCACCGCCUUCCUGCACCCAGAGGAGUUUGACUACAUGAAGCCCAUCGUAGUUCUGGAGACCAUUGAGGACAUUGACAAGGACGGCGAUGGCAUGGUGGAUGAGAAAGAAUAUGUCGGUGACAUGUAUUCCCCGGUGGAUGGUGAGUCCGAACCAGACUGGGUGAAGAACGAGCAGGAACAGUUCAGACGGUUCCGAGACCUGAACAAGGAUGGGAAGAUGGACAAGGAGGAGGUGGAGCGCUGGAUCCUGCCUGGUGACUAUGACCACGCCAUGGCAGAGGCCAAGCACCUGAUCCACGAGUCCGAUAAAGACGAGGACAGUAAACUGACAAAGCAGGAGAUUGUAAACAACUGGAAUAUGUUUGUUGGCAGCCAAGUGACCAAUUAUGGGGAGGACCUGACGCGAAAACACGACGAACUCUGAGUCGCAAAUCAAUAUUUCCAAUCAAUCAAUCAAUCAAUCAAUCAGUCGAUCGCCACCGAUCCCACAGAAACUGCAUCAAAAACAGUUUGUUUCUUGCUAACCCAGGGCGUGAAUAAUUUGAAAUGUGAUCAGAAACAUUAAUUGUGUUCAAUUGUUCUAUUUCCUCUUUGACUGACUGAGUUUCCCAUUCAAUGCCCCCUCCAUCCUGCAGUGGGUGGGGCUCCAAGCUCUGGUGAUGCUUUAAUCCGACUCCCCUCUGACCCAAGGAGCAGCCCCAGGCAUGGACCCUCAUCUCACCAGCAGAGAUGUUGUAACUGGGUUAAUUCAUUUCAGAUUUUGGCUUUCUCCAUGAGUUCCCCACAGUUUGUGUACAAUUGCCUGCCUGGCUGGCUGGCUGGUGAUUUUUAUUUUUUUUUUUUUACCCCAACCUCCAUCUUCUGUAAAAGUUUGUGAUGUUAAUUUUGUGAAGGUUAUUGGCUCAUCAGCAGAUGGGCUGACACUGCCACUGCUUGUGCGUGAUCCUGGACUGCAUGGGAACCGCCUCCUGCUUGUAUCUUUGCCCGCCACUGUUGCGAGCCGCACCUGAGCCCCAUCCCCAGCCACUGUGUGAGGUAGGAGGGGGGGGGGGGGGGGGGAGGAUGUACGUGAAGCUGACCGGUGGUACGGUCACUAGGAUCGGACCUCCAUCACAGUCGAGAUUCAACUUGCUGCUCUGACAAACUGAGCUGAAUUUUAAAAUUGGCGAACCUUCUCCACAACGUUUCCCGGCUUUGGGAUUGACAUUGGCCCUGACACCGUGCCAAGUUCUUGCAUUCGGCUCCUCAUUUAUUCCCACCAGCGACAGGCUCUUAGUGCCCAGUUAGUGCCGCUAAUGACAUUACCUCCCGCUCACCACUUACAUCAGGACAGAAUCUGUCAUUGACAUUAACCCAUUGCAACAAAUGGAGCCAAGGGUUCAGAUUAUUGGUUAAUCCAUGACUUGCAGCCCCUGCUCACACUAUUGUGACCAGCUGUUGCAACAUGUUACUGAUAAUUGCCUGUAAAUGUAUUUUGUUUGUUUUUUUUGGACUGUUCCGAUUGUUAUUAAGUGAGUGUGUGGGUCCGUGUCUAACCAACCCUUACUUCCCCGUCAGGAUGGCAAACUCACAAAGGAGGAAUUCCUGGAGAACUACAACAGGUUCGUAGGAAGUGGUGUCACCAAUUUCGGAGAGCUGAUGGACCAGCACGAUGAGUUUUAGUCACCACACGGUCUCUGUGUGAUUGCACUCUGUUCUGCAUCCUCCAUUGCUUUUUGUAAAAGAUUUAUAAGGGAUGGGGUGCUUAAUUUGGCUGUGUGUACAAAUGUAAUUUGUUUCUUUCAAGGCAUUGUCCUUGACCCCCUGUGCUAGAAUGUAUUCUACGCUGGAAUCUUCACCUCUCCUCCCUUGCAGUUUUGAACCAGAUUCAUGAGUUGAAUGUUUGGACAGUCUCUUGAGGGCUGGAAGAGGAGAGAAUUCCAUAUUCUUCUGUCUGAUUUAGGGGUCAAAGCGCAGUAUUGGCAUUGGGGGAGUGUGGAGUGUGUAAACCAAAUAUCAUGAGGGUGUAACCAAUACAAACUGGGCUGGGAUCAGCAAGAUGCCCAAUGAAAUGAUGGAUCCAAACUAAAACUCUACAGGCAAGCUGAGGAAUAGGCCCCAACCAUGUGUAUAAUGAAGCUCUCCCAUCACUGAUGGUGUUCUCACACAGAGCUUGCUGAUUCAGUAUUCAGGAGCAGUGUGAUCCAGCUGACCAGUAUGACCACUCCCUGCCCUGCCACUUGACCAUUACAGUCAACUCAAGCCUGUGUUAAUGAGCUUGGAGAAAUAAAUGUAGCAUCCCGACUUGAACCCGUCAUCAUUUCCUCUCUCAACUGCCUGUUCAAAGAGUUUACCGUCUCCCCUCCUGCCCUGCUCUCCACAGAAGCUGCCUGACCCGCUGAGUUACCCAGCACUCUGUGAAACGUCACCUAUCCAUGUUCUCCACAGAUGCUGCCUGACCCGCUGAGUUACUCCAGCACUCUGUGAAACGUCACCUAUCCAUGUUCUCCACAGAAGCUGCCUGACCCGCUGAUCUACUCCAGCACUCUGUGAAAUGUCCCCCAUCCAUGUUCUCCACAGACGCUGCCUCACCCGCUGAGUUAUUCCAGCACUCUGUGAAACGUCACCUAUCCAUGUUCUCCACAGAUGCUGCCUGACCCGCUGAGGUACUCCAGCACUCUGUGAAACGUCACCUAUCCAUGUUCUCCACAGAAGCUGCCUGACCCGCUGAGUUACUCCAGCACUCUGUGAAACGUCACCUAUCCAUGUUCUCCACAGAUGCUGCCUGGCCCACUGAGUUACUCCAGCACUCUGUGAAACGUCACCUAUCCAUGUUCUCCACAGAUGCUGCCUGACCCGCUGAGUUACUCCAGCUUUUUAUGUCUGUCUUCAGUUUUAAACCGGCAUCUGCAGUUCCUCCGUACACAAUGUCCUCAGCCACACUGGCAGGUCCUGAGCUUGCACACGACUAACCCUUGUUGGUCAAAGUCUCAGGUGUUCCCCACUCACUCCACACCAGCUAGUCCUACCAGUCUCAAUGCUCUGUUAUAGCACAGGCAAGGCCAUUCAGCCUUUUGAGUGUGCAAUCCCAUCAGACCCACUCUUGUCCCACUGCCCUAUAAACUCUCCUCCUCCCAGCCCUGAAUUGUUCCCACAAUUCCAUCUACAUGGAGUUUUUCCCUCAGUCCCAUUGUACUAAAGUGUUGGCAUGAGACACUGUAUCCUAACACCACCCUGCAUCUCUCCUCUCCCAGCCUCCCUGACCCCGACCCUGCCCACUAACCCUUUGCUCCAAGGAGAAGAGGAAUUGGCUAUUUAGUCUACAACUCGCUUACAGCAGGAAUAAAAAAAGGCCAUUCGGCCCACCACAUCAUUGCUGACCAGUAGGCAUCCACCCAUAAAAAUCCCAUCUUUCAGCACUUGCCCAUAGACGGUCUAGAGUAUUCCAGUCAUUCUAGUGCUGGCGGCUUGCUUUACCACCCACUGCUUUCUAUAUUUACCUAACCACUAACGUUCAAUCUUGGAGAGAGAGCAAGACAUCUGCUGGCCGCGCGGGGGGGGGGGGGGGGGGGGGGGGGGGGGGGAGUAGAAUGUCAUUAUUCUCUGCCCCCUUACGCUGUGACUGGGUGGAAAGUCUGGGGAGAGGUGGUGAGGCGCCGUUACAUUGUACAGAAGGUCCCUGAAUGAACUUUGCAUCAUGUUCAGCAUGGACAUUGUGGGCCGAAGGGCCUGUUCUUGUGUUGUGCAUUGUGACAGUGUUAUUGAUUUAUACCUGGUGAGGUUCAGUAUCUGUGACUGGAGGGGGAUUGACAAACAGAUCUGAACGUCAGGAGUUUAUCACGAUUGCAUGGCCUUGCUCAUUACUGCUGGAUUCCUUUGGUUGCGAGCUGAACAUGAGCAUCUUGCACUGUGUUAAUAGCACCCAGCUCUGUGCCUUUGACGAGAAACCUCAACUUGCCAAUAAAUCUUUAAUAUAA